CAAUAAUCAAUGUGUUCAGCUGCUGAGAACAUGCCUUCCAAAGAUGUGGAGGUGAGGGGCCCUCGUCGUAGAAACCAGGAACCAGGAUGACUCAGCCGCCACUUCCACAUGAGUCAAGCGUCUCCCGAAAAACAUCAACCCCUCCACAUCGCCGCCAAAACAUUGUCUCCUCUACGUUUGCGGCCAUGUCUAUUGAUUUCCCGAAGGAGGAGGAGCGCAUCCUCGCUCGCUGGAAGGAAAUUGACGCCUUCUUGCGCCAGGUUGAGCUCUCAAAAGGCAAGAAGCCAUACACCUUUUACGAUGGCCCUCCGUUCGCGACAGGUCUACCCCACUAUGGCCAUCUUCUCGCCUCUACCAUCAAAGAUAUCAUUCCUCGAUACUGGUCCAUGAAGGGCCACUACGUUGAGCGACGCUUCGGUUGGGAUACCCAUGGCGUACCUAUCGAAUAUGAGAUCGACAAGGAAUUGGGCAUGUCUGGACGAGACGCGGUGCGCGAACUGGGAAUUGCCAAGUACAACGAGAAGUGCAGGGCGAUUGUCAUGCGCUACGCCAGCGAGUGGAGACACACCAUUGACAGGCUCGGUCGGUGGAUUGACUUUGACAGAGAUUACAAGACGAUGGACCCCAAGUUCAUGGAAACCGAAUGGUGGGUGUUCAAGCGACUAUUCGACAAGGGCGCAGUGUAUCGUGGUUUCAAGGUUAUGCCCUACAGCAUGGCGCUCGGAACGCCUCUUAGCAAUUUCGAGGCCUCGCAGAACUAUAAGGACGUUCAAGAUCCAGCGGUGGUAGUAUCCUUCCCUCUUGUAGACGAUCCGACUACGAGCUUCCUCGCCUGGACGACCACGCCAUGGACGCUGCCAUCCAACACUGCACUCGCUGCACACCCUGACUUUGAGUACAUCAAGAUCCUCGAUGAAGCCUCCGGCAAACACUAUAUUCUCCUCGAAGCCCUCCUGGGCACCCUGUACAAAGACCCCAAGAAGGCGAAGUUCAAAAUUGUUCAAAAGUAUAAGGGCAAGGAUAUGCUCGGCUGGAGAUACGAGCCGCUAUUCGACUACUUCUACGAGGAGUUCAAGGAUGUUGGAUUCCGGCUGGUGAAUGCCACAUACGUUACGGCUGAUAGCGGUGUGGGUAUUGUCCAUCAAGCCCCUGCCUUUGGUGAAGAGGACUACAAGGUCGCCGUGGAAUAUGGAAUCGUCACAGAGGAUCGGCCUCCUGUCAAUCCGGUCGACGACCAGGGUUGCUUCACAUCGGCGGUUCGGGAUUUUGCAGGCCAGAACGUCAAAAAGGCCGACAAGAACAUCAUCAAGCACCUUAAGGCUCUCGGAAGGCUUGUUGUUGAUUCACAACUUACCCACAGCUACCCAUUCUGCUGGAGGUCCGACACGCCUCUAAUCUACCGGGCCGUUCCUUCCUGGUUCAUCAAGAUUCAAGACAUCAUCCCCCAAAUGUUGGAGGGCAUUCAAGAAACGCAUUGGGUGCCGUCUUUCGUCAAGGAGAAGCGAUUCGCAAACUGGAUCAUGAACUCGCCUGAUUGGGCAGUGUCGCGGAACCGUUUCUGGGGAACCCCCCUCCCUGUGUGGGUGAGUGAUGACAUGAAGGAGGUGGUGUGUGUAGGCAGCAUCGAAGAGCUGAAAAGGUUGAGCGGAUAUGAGGGCGAGAUUACCGACCUCCACCGAGACAAGAUUGACGACAUCACUAUUCCGUCCAAGCAAGGCAAGGGCGUUCUGAGGAGAAGUCCUGAGGUUUUUGACUGCUGGUUUGAGUCCGGAUCUAUGCCUUACGGUAGCGCGCACUAUCCGUUUGAGAAUGUGGAACAGUUCGAGAAGUCUUUCCCCGGUGACUUUGUCGCUGAAGGCCUGGACCAAACGCGUGGUUGGUUCUAUACGCUUACUGUCCUUGGAACGCACCUGUUCGGGAAGCUCCCCUUCAAAAACUGUGUUGUCAAUGGCAUCGUGCUUGCGGAAGACGGCAAGAAGAUGUCCAAGCGCUUGAAGAAUUACCCGGAUCCUCUCCUCAUCAUGAACAACUACGGCUCCGAUGCCCUCCGUCUGUACCUCAUCAACUCCCCAGUUGUCCGCGCCGAGACGCUCCGUUUCAAGGAGGCCGGUGUUCGGGAGGUUGUGUCGAAGGUUUUGCUGCCUCUGUGGAACAGUUACCAGUUCUUCGAACAACAAGUGGCCCUCUUGAAGAAGGUUGCUGAUCUGCACUUCGUUUUCGAUCCGUCGGCCGAGAAAGAGAACACCAAUGUACUUGACCGUUGGAUACUGGCAUCGUGCCAAUCUCUGCUCAAGUUUGUCAACGAAGAGAUGAACGGAUACCGUCUGUACACCGUGGUUCCGCGCCUGCUUACCUUGAUUGAUAACACGACCAACUGGUACAUCAAGCUCAACCGCAGGAGACUGAAGGGCGAGUACGGCUUGAAGGACACCACUCAUGCGCUUAAUACUCUCUUCGAGGUUCUCUACACGCUCUGCCGCGGUCUCGCCCCUUUCACGCCCUUCAUUACCGAUAACAUCUACCUCCGACUUCUACCCCACAUUCCAAAGGAGCUCCGCGCCGAAGAUGACCGUAGCGUCCAUUUCUUGCCAUUUCCCGAGGUCCGGGAAGAGUUGUUCGAUGAGGUUGUCGAACGCCAAUUCAAGCGCAUGCAAGCCGUUAUCGACCUUGGCCGCAUCAGCCGUGACCGUGCCAAUAAGGGUUUGAAGAUCCCUCUUAAGACCCUCGUCGUCAUCCACCCUGAUCAAGAGUACCUCGACGACAUCAAGUCGCUGGAGACGUACAUCCAAGAAGAGCUCAACGUUCGUGACCUCAUUCUCUCCAAUGAUGAAGACAAGUACAACGUGCAGUACUCAGUAUCGGCAGACUUCCCUGUCUUGGGCAAGAAGCUGAAGAAAGAUGCUGUGAAAGUCAAGAAGGCACUGCCCACGCUGAAAACCGAGGAUAUCAAGGGCUUCCUCAAGAGUGGAGAGAUCCUUGUAGAUGGCAUUCGCUUGGAGCGCGAAGAUCUGAUCGUGAAGCGUGGUCUGGCAAAGGACAACAGCAACAAGGACCAAGAAUUCAACACUGAUGACGACGUUCUCAUCAUCUUGGAUGUCGCUAGCUAUCCUGAACUUGAGCAGGAGGGCCUGGCUAGAGAGAUCAUCCGGCGCGUGCAGGUGCUGAGGAAGAAAGCUGGCCUGGUUCCCACCGACGAUGUUGGCAUGGAGUACCGGGUGCUCAGUGACCCGGAUAACAUCGGUCUUGAGGCUGCAUUUGAAAACCAGAAGGCAUUAUUCGAGAAGUCGUUACGACGAAAUGUCGAUAAGCACGUCAUUACUGAGUUGGAGGGGAAGAUUCCCGAGGGCAAACAAGAGGAGGUCAUUGUGGAGGAAGAACAAGAGUUGCACAAGGCAACGUUCUUGUUGAGGUUCGUGAAGCUGUAGAAAUAAUGAAAUAUGGGAAUCGCCAGUUGGGCCUCGUUGCUUAGAGGACCCCCUACAUCUUAUGCUGGUAUGAUAGUACGAUAGAAAUGGACGAUAUUUGAGGAGAUGCAAACUU